AUGCCCCUUCUCACUACCGCCGACCGUCUUGCUAAAGCCCAGAAAGCUGGUCAAGUCGUGCUCAAACAUGUCACACUGGCCACCGCAGCGGAGGCAGGAAAGACGGGUUCCAAUCCGCUUGACCCGAUAGCAGCAGGCUUGCCCGACGGCUAUUACCAAAUUAUCCAGUGGAAGGAUGACAAUGAAAAGCCCUCCCAUGCAUCUGUUACCACGCCUCCAGGUGUAAAGCCCGACUCCUCCGUCCCGGUUGUUAUGGGCACCGACACCGAUUUUUUGAGCAACUUUUGGAAAUUGACGCGCCAGUAUGGCCUGACGAACGGAUUCACUAUUGUUCCCGUCGGGACCAACAUUCCGCCCACGAGCCCAGAUACCGGAGCGACUACAUAUGACAAGGUCGCCCAGCUUCCCCCUCUGGGUGCGGUUUUGACGGUCGGUACUCAAAACCCUGUUAACAUUACUUCAGGAUCUUGGAGUCCGGUUCCAACAAAGUCUGGAAGAACGCUACGGAAGCAGAGAAUUCUCCGGAUCCCUCCUCCACAGAGCGAGCUCUUCGAGCUCAUUCGCAGCGAUAUUGGGUCGGCACCCGUCAAAAUUAGCAGUGUGGACCACAUUACCACCACGGCCGUGGAUGGGACUAUUGUCAAGAAUUUCUACUUCGGAACUGAUCCAGUUUCCAAUAUCGAUGCCACGAGUUUUGUUUCUGUCAACCUCACCACCAGUGCCCGUGACCAAGGGUGGGCGAAUAAUCCCCAAGCUGGACUCUACAGCUGGUUUGAAAUUGCCAUCCUAACCAAGAAAUUGAAAUUGGGCGAUAAAAUCACUGACCAGAUCAAGGUCGUGAAUGGAAAGCUCCAGACCUGGGUUUCCCACAGCAUUCCCCUCACCAGUACCUACACGGAGCAGGAGGGCCCCACUUUUUCCAAAGACCACGACUUAUUCAAGAACCUCAAAGCUGGCGAUGUCAUUGCUGUGCUUACCGCCGCUCAAUUUGCCGCUUGGAAGGCAGACGCUCGUAGCGGUAACUUGAACUUCAGCAAGCUCGUCCCCACUAACGUCAAGAUCGAGUAAUUGUGUCUUCGAAUUUUUUCUGUGAUCGUCUAUUUGGGGUUUAUUCAGUACCGUGUAUGGAGAAAUUUUGAAAAACAGAAAUCAUGUGGCUCGAGUUCAAGAAUGCAAGUUGCCCAGUAAGAUUUGCGCGUAGUUGUUCUGUUGUUUGUAAUAGCCUAUGGACCAUGAAAUGUACAAAGUCAUUGUGUUU